AUGGAUCCUGCCUUCGGCCUUGGUGUUGGCGCCACCAACAGUCUCGCCGGGGUCGGCAUGCUUAGCAGUGGUGGCAGUGACAUCUCUCCAGGCCUGUACCAGUCUCCAAGUCCACCUCUGUCUAUGACUAUCCCAAUGUCUUCUCAGAUGAUCCAGCCACAAGACUUGUUGUUUGAUCUUGAGCCCAUGGUUGUCCACACGCCCAACUCGGUCCAUGUUGCACAAGGUUACGACAGCGACCAGUUCGCAUCAACAGCAACAGUUAAACCAACACAGGCCAACAACACCAACAACAGUAGCAGUACCAGCAGCCAGCUUCGCUAUUCUCCAAGGUUGCAGAAGUAG